AUGGAUAGUGUGGAUGUAGUUGUGCUGAUAGGUCUUCUUGUUGCAAUUUCCUUUUUCGGUCUUUUCACAGCAUUACGUGGCGUAAAGCAAACAUCCGCAUCUCAGAUUCUGCACGGAUCGAACGUAUCUAUACUGACUUCAGCGUUAUCGGUUUGUUCGGGAUUUCUUUCCGCAAUCUCACUUCUUGGAUUUCCUGCGGAGGUUUAUUACCAAGGAACAAUGAUAUUUUGGUAUGGUCCGAUGUAUAUGGUGGCAUUUCCUAUUGUAGCUUAUUGCUUCUUGCCAGUUCUCUAUGAUAUGAAACUUACAAGCAUAUACGAGUACUUGGAGAUUCGGUUCAAUUUUGCAUGUCGUUUCUUGGCUUCACUUACUUUCUGCAUCCAGACUUGGCUUUAUGUUAGUGUAGCACUGUAUGCACCGGCACUUGCACUGUCGGCAAUUAUUUCCAUUCCAUUAUCUCUAUCAGUUGUUUUGACGGCCGGUCUUGCCGCUGUUUAUGUAACGUUGGGGGGCGCAAAAGCAAGCAUAUAUACUUCAGCUUUACAAAUGGCACUAAUUUUAAUCAGUAUGGUGCUGAUUUUUUCAGUCAGUUUAUAUCGCUUUGGUUUUAAUAGUGUUUUGAAAACUGCUGUUGUUGGAGGUCGCCUUCAGUUACUUGAUUUUCGAAUUGAUCCACGUAUCCGACACUCGGUUUGGUCUUUGAUAAUUGGUGGUACAGGAAAUAUAUUGUGUCUUUUUGCAGCAAAUCAACUUACAACACAGCGUUAUAUGGCAAUGAGUUCGCUUAGAUCUGCACAACGGGUUAUUUUGCUAAAUAUUCCUUUCACGUUUCUGAUUCUUACUACAUAUGUGGGUGCAGGGCUGAUAAUGUAUCACAGAUAUUUCCAUUGUAACCCUAUUUUGCAGUCAAAAGACCAACUUUUGCCUCAUUUCGUUGUUGAUGAAUUAUCCUCGAUACCCGGAAUGAUUGGACUUUUUGCAGCAUCCGUAUAUAGCGCAGGUUUAAGUACAGCAUCAGCUUCAUAUAGUGCCCUCGCUGCAGUAUUCAUCGAAGAUGUUGUUAAACAAUUCCAGAUUAAGGUACAAAAACACGAACCAAUAAAGCCAAAUACUAGCAUCUUAUUAGCGCGAUAUUUGCCGUUAUUGUUCUGUUCUUUAUCAAUGACAAUCGCAUAUCUUUGUAGCAUAAUGAAGACGAUGGUGUUGCAAGUCUCACUUUCAAUAUUUGGCAUUGCUGGAGGACCCGUGUUGAGCGUUUUUUGUCUGGGCAUGUUUUUCCCGAAAAUUAAGGGACUUGCAGCUUUUGCUGCUCAGGUGGCGUCAACAAUCUUCUGCGUCUUUAUUGCUGCCGGUGCAUUAGUGAAUCAUAUAAGACCUGUUGAUUUACCAGUUGUUGAAACUUGCGAACAAACUAAUAUCACUUUAACAUUUGUUGAAAAACCAGAGUACGGAAUGGUCCAUCCUUUAUACAGUAAUUCAUGGUUAAUUCAGCUCUUUCGUAUUUCUUACCAAUACUACAGCAUCUCUGCUCUGUUGGUUGCAUUUGUAGUUGCACAUAUCGUUCAAUGGUUUUCAGGAAAUACCAGACAUUUGCCAGUAGAAGUAAGACUACUAUCACCUUUACUUCGACCAAGGCAUAACCGAAAGGGAACAGUAACCGACUGUGUUUCUGAAACAAGAAAGGAUGGCGAAAUUCCGUUGGAAACUGUCAAAUAA